UUUAGAACUUACUCUCAUAGUAAAAAAAAAAUAAACUUGGAUACUAUUAUUAUAAUGAUGACGCGUGGAAGUUCAAUAACGCAAGAUUUUAAAGACAUGAUCGACAACCCGCAGUAUAGCGAUAUAGAAAUUUUUUGCGAAGAUGGCGCGACACUUUAUGGAAGUAGAGCAAUUUUAGCGGCAAGAUCAGAAGUUUUUAAUGGAUUACUUUUUAAUGGAAUGAAAGAAACUUUUCAAAGACAAAUUUCUUUUCCUGAAAUUAAAUCAUGCGCGAUGAAAAUCAUUUUAGAAUUUUUAUAUACAGGAUCUGUUGAAGAAAUUGUAUUUGAUAAAGAUAAUUUGGUUGAAACAAAUCUAGCGGCUGAUUAUUUUCAAUUACCUGAUUUGCAAAAAUUAAUUAUUGAAAAUCUUAAAGAGUCAUUUGAAGAACAAGAAAUAGAAAAUGAAAGUACCGUUAAUAAUUCACCAGAAUUAUUAUCAGUAAUGAUUUCAAAAAUACCAUUUCACGAAAUUGAAUUGAUAGAAGAAAGGAGCGUAAAUGAUCAAUUACUUAAUUUUCUUGCUGAUUCUGUGGCAAGGAUUCAUUUUGAUGAUAUUUCAUUAUCCAAAUUUUCUAUUCAAGCUUUAAAAUAUGUUUUAGCUUAUACUUAUAAUUUUAAUAAAUCAUUUUCCACUCCAGAAUAUUUAGUAUUUCGAUUUGCCGCUUUAUUGGCUGCACAUAAUAUCGAUCUUGACACGUAUAAUACGCUUGAUGCUAUAUUACCGGAUUUAGAUGAUAUUGAAGAAUAUGUGGAAGGAGAACUUGAAUUUAAUAGUAAAUGUGAAUUUAAUAGAAUACGUCCAAAAAUUUAUCAAUUUUUACUUCCUAUUAUCAAAUACAUUGAUUUUCGUAGAAUUGACGGAAAAAUUUUAUCAAAAAUUAUUGAACCAUUAGGAAUAAUUCCGAAUACUAUUAUAAUUGACGCGUAUAGAUAUUACUCGACAAAUAAAAAGAGUCUUCCAGCAACUCGUGGAAUGGUAAAACUUUAUUGGGAUGAAGGAGAAUGUGGUGGUCAUAUUUAUGUUAUAUGUAGAGGAUCAGUUGCAACAACAAAUCAUCAAUAUUAUGAGAAUAUUAAAGCAAAUUUUGUUAUAUCUAAUAAUGGUACUUAUGAAUGGGAUGUUUUUAUUGAAGAAAUUGGUCAAUUGGAAAUUUGUGUUGGAGUUCACGCAAAUUCAAAAUUUAAUUAUGAUCUCUUUGGUGGAUGUCAAAAAAAUACUUGGUUACUCUCUUCAGCUGGUAUGUUAUAUUCUCAUACUGGAAAUAUUAUUAUGGGUUUCAAGUUUGGUAAAGGUGAUAGAAUCACUUUACAAUUAAAUAUGGAUAAACAUACUCUCGUAUUCUCUUUUAAUGGACAAAAACUUUUUAUUACCGAGUUAAAAAAGAAAUCGAAAUAUUAUCCCAUAAUCUCUCUAAAUCAUCCUGCUAGGGUUAGGCUUUUCCCUCUUUUAAAAUAUGUUUAAAAAGGAAAUAGUGGAAAAAGUAGGUGAAAUUUUAAACCUGUACUUUAUUUUUCUGAGCAAUUACCGCGAAAUAAAGGUUUGUUAGCUGGCUAAUCUUUCAUUGAAUUACUGUAUUCUUG